AUGUCGCAUAGAAUUGCUGAUAUAAUUUCCAAGAUUGCCUUGCCAGCAGGUGUAGCAUUUGCUAUUGGCCAAUCGUCGAUGUACGAUGUUCCUGGUGGCAGAAAAGCAAUAUUGUUUGAUCGUUUAAAAGGUAUUGAACAAAAAGUUAUUGGUGAAGGAACGCAUUUUCUUGUGCCCUGGUUACAGAAGGCAAUUAUAUUUGAUGUACGAAUCAAGCCAAAAGUUAUAACAACAACUACAGGCUCGAAAGAUUUGCAGAAUGUGUCAAUCACAUUGCGUGUUUUAACAAGACCUGAUGUGACCAGAUUGCCUACUAUCUACCAAACCUUGGGCUUGGAUUACGAUGAAAGGGUCUUGCCGGCUAUUGGAAAUGAGAUUUUGAAAUCUAUUGUGGCGCAAUUCGACGCAGCGGAACUAAUUACUCAAAGAGAAGUCGUAUCAGCUAGAAUAAGACAAGAAUUAUCAAGAAGAGCUAAGGAGUUCAACAUUGAGUUGGAAGAUGUCUCCAUUACUCACAUGACAUUUGGUCGUGAGUUUACAAAAGCGGUGGAGCAGAAACAGAUUGCCCAGCAAGAUGCAGAGAGAUCAAAAUACUUAGUUGAGAAGGCAGAACAAGAAAAGAAGGCAAGUAUUAUUAGGGCUGAGGGUGAAGCUGAAUCAGCAGACGUGGUUUCCAAGGCAUUGGCUAAAGCCGGUGAUGGGUUGUUGAUGAUUAGAAGAUUGGAAGCUUCAAAGGAUAUUGCAAAUACUUUGGCCGGAUCUCCUAAUGUUACGUACUUGCCAAGUAAUGGUGGUGGUGGUGGUAGUGGCAAAGAAGGAGGCUCGGACGGUGCAUCGAAUUCACUAUUAUUGAAUAUAGGUCGUUGA